CUAGCUGUGGAGACUGGCCACAGCACAGCUCUCACCCAGCUUUCUAGGGUCAUUGGGUUCACGGGGACUCAACGGGUAGUGAUGGCUCAAGACACUCCGGGUGAACACGGGUGGGGACAGUUUCAGGCACAGUUCAGGACACGGGUGGUCGGUGCACACAGCGGGGGACAGUUCAGGACACAGGUGGUCAGUGCACACAACAGGGUCCAGUUCAGGACACGGGUGGUCGGUGCACACAGCGGGGACAGUUCAGACACGGGUGGUUGGUGCACACAGCGGGGACAGUUCAGGACACGGGUGGUCGGUGCACACAGUGGGGACAGUUCAGAA